AUGGAAGAAAAUGCUCGCCGAGACCCAGAGGACUCCAUCCGAGGCGAGGAGUCCAACCGGGCCAUCCUGCCUCUCCUCCAGCCUCCUGGAAACCAGCAGUCCCACAGGAUCACCAACUUCUACAUCGACAACAUUUUAAGACCGGACUUCGGCCGAAAGAGGAAGGACGGGACUUUGGUCCGGGACAGGGACGGUCUGGGAGUGAUCCUGCGGAGAGAGGAGCUGACGGGGAGAAAGGCUCCAAAAACUGGCAACCCGCAGCAGGCAUCCGACGACCAGCAUCCGGACCCCGAGGCCAGGAGGCCUGACCUGAGAGUCGGUGAUGCGGCUGUGAAGGGCCGAGCGAGCGGCGGGGACCGCUGCCUCAGCCCCCAGGCCAGCGCGGCCCCUGGAGCCAAGCCGAUGCUGUGGCCGGCCUGGGUUUAUUGUACCCGCUACUCAGACCGUCCGUCCUCAGGGCCCAGAUCCCGCAAACCAAAGAAGGCCCCGACCCCGAGUAAGGAGGACAAGCGGCCCCGGACGGCCUUCACGGCGGAGCAGCUGCAGCGGCUAAAAACUGAGUUCCAGAACAACCGGUACCUGACCGAGCAGCGGAGGCAGAGUCUGGCCCGGGACCUCGGCCUCAACGAGUCCCAGAUCAAAAUCUGGUUUCAGAACAAACGGGCCAAGAUCAAGAAGGCCUCCGGGAACAAGAACUCUCUGGCGCUGCACCUGAUGGCGCAGGGGCUGUACAACCACGCCGCGUCCAAGGACGGCAAGUCGGACAGCGACUAG